AUCAAUGAACCGAGUCAACUCAUCGACAUGGAACCUCGAGUGAAAGUCAAGCCCGAUCUUUCCACGCUGGUAGGGCAGUCAUGCAAUCAGGAGGAGGUCCAACUUGAGUUUCUACAGGGCUGUAUUCUUUCUCAUGUCGAGCGUCAAUGUCAGUUCGACCCAUGUAAGGCUGUUAAUCCUCACUGCCAAUCGAGCCCGGGCGGUGACACAGAAGCGGCGCUGAAACAGGAAGUCGAGCGAAAGGAGACCGAGAAUGCCUUCUACAAGGGCUUGCUCGGUUCGAUCUGUACCGCCAACGACCAGGAAGCAGAGGAGAUGUUGAAGCAUUUCGGGAACCAGGUAAUCCCCUCGAACUCAUUGGAUCCAGCUCGAGCGGAUUGCCACCAAGAAUCAUCUAGAGAAGAUAAACGAAUCCACGCUAUCAUUCGCGAGGACGAGAAGAUAAAUUGGCUCAAAUCCACAGCCUGCCUCACCGUAACAAGAGGCGUCAGUUUGACUGGAAGGUUCGACAAAAGUCACAGCUCAGUUGGCGCCACGUCCGCGGGCAGCAGGCAAGCUGUGGGCAAUAUGACUAUUGGGGAUGUCACCCGAACCCUCAAGCAUCUCUGCACGGGUUCUGUAUACCUAGGAAGGAUGGGCUUGAGCACCGGGUCAACCGUCCUUGAGCUGCGUUGGUCUCGGCCUCAUAGGGACUUGCAGGUCACUUCGCGAAUCAAUAAGAUCAGCUCAGGAACACCGUGCAGCCCCUUCCUGUGUUCUUCUUUCGUCAUUGAUGUCUUUCACAAAUAUGAUGGUCUCUUCUCGGGUGAAAUAAUCCAGGCAUGA